UGAAUGAUAUCUAAGUAGAAUUGCGUAAGGUGUCGACUGAAGCAAUAUUCGGACAAUAGCGUGUAGUCAAAAUCAAUCGGAGAGAUUUCAACAAGUUAACAUUAGCUGCAGUCGGCGAACGAUAAUAAAAAUGGCGCGAAAAUGUCAGGCGAGACUAAGACAGAUAAUUUAGAAAUGUCAGAGGAAACACAAAGGGAAAACAUUAAUGACAAGGCUCAUACAGCACCAGGAGCUAUUACUGUUGAAGAGGAUGGUAGUAAUGAAGCAGAAGGAAAAAAUAAAGCUGAAGUCGCUGAAACAGGGGGUGCAACUCUUUCAAAAUCACAACUUAAAAAGCUGAAAAAGAAGGAAAAAUGGGAACAAGUUAAGUCACAAAAAAGGAAAGCGGAAAAAGAGCGCCACAAAGCGCGAAAACGAGCAUGUCGAGAGAGAGGAGAAGAAGUUGGACCAACCAGAAAGCAGCUACGCCACAACAAGAUGUCAAAGUCCAACUGUAAAAUCAAAGUUGUAGUUGAUUGUGAUUUUGAUGACUACAUGGCUGAAAAGGUUUGUGAUUUUGAUGACUACAUGGCUGAAAAGGACAUAAAAAUGUUAGUGAAACAACUCCAGUACAGUUAUUCUGCAAACCGAAGGGCAGAGAAUCCUCUUCAGUUCUAUUGUUGUGGUGUAAAUGGGAAGACUAAAGAACGGCUUGAAAAUAUUGGAGACUACAAAGGCUGGGAUAUCAGAUUUCAUUCAGAGAGUUACACCGAUAAGUUUGAAAAGUCAUCAAUAGUAUACUUGUCAAGUGAAUCUACAAACAUUUUGCAAACAUUAGAAGAGGACAAAGUCUAUGUAAUAGGUGGUCUUGUGGAUCAUAACCAUCAUAAGGGUCUUUGUCACAAGCUGGCUGAAGAAAAGGGUCUUGCCCAUGCUCAAUUACCAAUAUCGGACUAUAUUGACAUGAAAACAAGAAAAGUACUGACUGUUAAUCAUGUAUUUGAAAUAUUAUUACAUUAUACUGAAACAAAAGACUGGCAAAAAGCAUUUUAUACCGUGUUACCACCAAGGAAAGGAGCUGUAUUGAAACCACCAAGUUCCUCUGAGAUAGUCAAAAAUAUAUCAGCAUCUCAGGAAAACAUUGAUACUGAAAGUGAUUGCAAUGACGACCAGCUGGAAACAAGUGCAACACAAACAGUACAGAGUAAACAGCUGCAUAGUGAUGUGUCUGAAGAUGCAAGCGCUGAUUGUGAAAGUGUGAAAAGGGAAUCAGAGGAUGAACAUACAAGCGCAGAUUGUGAAAGUGUGAAAAGGAUAUCUGUUGAUGAACAUACAAGCGCAGAUUGUGAAAGUGUGAAAAGGGUAUCAGUUGAUGAACAUACAAGCGCUGAUUGUGACAGUGUGAAAAGGGAAUCAGUGGAUAAACAUGUAAAUAAUGAUGGUGAAAGUGUAAAAAAGAAAGCAGUAGAAAAGGAUGACCCUGUAAUUGUGACUUAGAUAGUAAUCUAGUAGGAUAGUAAUCUAGUAAAAACAUAAAAGAAGAGUAAUCGAAUGUUACAACAGAAAAACUGGAUAGUUUAGUACUAUAAACCACUGAUGUUUUAUUUCGUCUCGGGAAUAGGCUCUUAUGAAUAGGUACAAGAGCAGUACAACCUAUCAGAAUAACAUACCAGUAGUAAUGAGUGAUAGUAACUUUCUUUUCAUUGAUCAAUAUCAAAAAGAAUCUUUCAACAAAUUAGCUCCAUAUUGCUCACUGUUUUCACACUGAUUUACACAAGCAGUGUGGGGUGAGAUCGUAACGUCUGUUAAAAAUUAAAUCUGAGUGAAUAUAAUAUUUUGUUCUUGAAAAAUGACAUUAAUUGUGACAAGAAAUCAAAUAUAUAUAAUAAAGCAUAGUAAAAAUGAAA